AUGCAGCGCUACGCCAACGACACAUCGUCUGGGGCAGAGAAAGAUCACACUCAUCCUACGCUUCAAGGCGAAGAUCCGCAGGAUUAUACGGCGUCUCAAAGCCUGACAAAGCCACGCGACAAUUUCGCGAGUGUCAUGGCACAGGGACCGAAGAAUGUUGGACGUCGGAACUGGUUCCGGGCGAAACGGAAAGCGCACGGACGCGGCGCGCGAAUGGCGAGGUCAAUCCAGACAGCCACCACACAACCACCGACUGAUGAUGCGCCUUUUCGUAAAGCGCUCAAAGACGCCGCCAAAAAGAAGAAGAAAGACAAUCGCGCGGCUUCAGGAUCAUCGAGGAAUUCUUCUAAAGCUCAGGAUCCCCGGCUGGAGAAAUGGGAGCUUACGGUCGGCAUUGAGAUCCACGCUGAGCUUAACACUGCCAGGAAACUCUUCUCCGGAGCUGCAACAUCUGCCAACGCCACACCAAAUACGCAUGUAGCACUAUUCGAUACCGCAUUCCCUGGCACCCAGCCACACUUCCAGAAGGAAACACUGCUGCCAGCUUUGCGCGCAGCUCUAGCGCUCAACUGUGAGAUUCAGCAUAGAAGCAGCUUCGACCGGAAGCACUACUUCUACCAAGAUCAGCCUUCAGGUUAUCAGAUUACACAAUACUAUGAACCAUUCGCCAAAGAUGGUCAUAUUACCCUCUAUCCUCACGAUUUCCCCGCCGGCGCCUCUCCAGAAGAUGGGCCUGUCACAAUUGGUAUCAAACAAGUUCAGAUGGAGCAAGAUACCGCCAAAACCGUUCAACAACCGCCGUCGACCCACCUCCUCGAUUUCAAUCGCGUGUCGCACCCCCUGAUCGAGAUCAUCUCCCUUCCACAACUUCAUAAUCCUGUUACCGCGGCGGUAUUCGUGCGAAAGAUACAGACAAUCCUGAGGGCAGUGAACGCUGUCACAGCCGGCAUGGAGAUGGGCGGACUGCGUGCCGAUGUCAAUGUCUCGGUCAAAGAGAAAGAUAGGGACCCGUCAAACAACACACACUCAUACCAUGGAGUGGGUCAAUUAGGGCAGCGAACAGAGAUCAAAAACUUGGCCAGUGUGAAGGCCAUAGAAGACGCCAUUAUUGCAGAGCGCGACCGCCAAAUCGACCUCAUCGAGAACGGCGGCGUUGUGGAGGGCGAGACGCGAGGAUGGACACUGGGCAGCAAGACAACGAGGCGGUUGCGAGGCAAAGAAGGCGAGAUUGACUAUCGAUACAUGCCGGAUCCUGACAUUGCGCCGGUUUUCGUUGGACAGGAUCUCGUCGACCACUUGCGACAGACGUUGCCCGCCCUCUCGGAUGAGACAGUCAGCACUCUGGUCGACGGUACUACCUAUGGAUUGACAGCCAAAGAUGCCAAUACGCUUAUUCUCCUCGACGACGGUGACAGGUUGGACUUCUAUUUUGAUGUUGUUGAACACCUACGAAACACCUUCUCUGGGCAACCAGAAGUGCUAGCCCGACUGGGCAAGGUCGCUGGGAAUUGGGUUCUCAUGGAGCUUGGAGCCCUCUUCAAGAACGAAGAGUGGUCCGCAACCAAGGUAUCCGCCGACCAGCUUGCGUCCAUCGUCGCCCAUACACUGCGCAAGCAAAUCACCGGGUCCACUGCGAAACGGCUUCUCUUGAUAAAAUUCGAAGGCGAUGCCCGUUCUGUGGAGCAGAUCAUCACCGACGAAGAUUUGGUUUUGCGACCUCUGACGCACGACGAGUAUCUUGACCUUGCACAGAGCUUGGUGGAAGAGAAGGCAGACAUGGCGAACGACAUUGUGAAGAAGCAGCAGCUUGGCAAGAUCAAGUGGUUCGUGGGGCAGAUGAUGGCGCGUAGUGCUGAGGGAACGGUGGAGCCUGCUACCGCCGAAGCUGUGCUGAGGGAAGCAUUGCACCUGCCUCCUGUGGCGCAGACAGGGAAUUCCUAG